AUGAAGGGGGACCCAGCGUUCCCGGAGGCAUUGGCAACCUCGCCCGCUGGGGACAUGAAAAAGAGGCUCGAACCACCGCCAGCACCAUCGCAGCCGGAGCCGGUGCCGGAACCGGAGCCUGCCGUCAAUACCUUCGUGUUCAAAUUCCCCACCAUCGAAUCGGAACGAGAAGACCCUAGAUCUUCUAGGGAAAAGUCAGCAGCUGUUCCUACAGAACAACGGCAAGCAGUUCAGCCAGAGCCAGAACCGGAGCCGGAAUCGGAGUCAGAGUCGGAGCUAGAGUCGAUACCCGAGCCGGACCCCCUCACAAAAUCGAUCUUCCCUGGAUUUUUCGACUCGAUAUGCUUCCUGCCGGAUAUCAACUUAAUCCUUCAGCAUCACGUCCGUACUACCAGUUCCUCUUUCAGGCAUCCAAAGAGAGCGAACGGAUCAGAGACGAAUGUCAAUAUGAACAACCCACCGAGUUUGUCGACAUCGACGCCAAGGCCUACGAAAGCGUCAAGAAUAUAUGGAUCGAAGACAAGAAUUUGGAAUCCUAAAUGGGACCAGCUCCCCGGAAUGACGUGGAUGCAUGAAGAAGACCCUGAUGAUCGGCCACAAACUCCUGAUAUCAUUAAGGAGGGACGUGAGGAGCGUCGUCACAGACUCAGCAACGGCAAGCAACAACUUCAUUCUUCCAGACCGGGACCUCCCCAACUAAAGCCAGUGCUUGGUGUCGACAACAACCGCGGAGGCGGCAAUGACAUACCAUCAAUCCCUAGAGAUGUCAACGAUUCCAGCGGAGCGGUCGCCCGACCAAAUGACAGAGCCACGACGCGCAGAAGAGCCUGCAGAUCGAGUCCUCCGGAGCGUGCGCCGGUCCAAAGUGGAGAAACCGAGCAAGUCAAAUGCUUCUGCCCUAAACCGCCGUCUUUGGAAGCACAGCCACCGCGCUAA